AUGAGCCCUGAUUUUGUGUUUACGACCGGCGCAUUGCACGAACCUUCAGGACGAGGCAACAUGGCCGCUGCUGGGCCUUUGUGUGAUGAAUCCAAGGAAAGGAGCUCGAUCGAUAAUCCUAUUAUGAUCGAUGACGACAAACGCUCCGACAAGCAGAGUAUAUCAAAACAAGAUAAUUCUGAUGGGGACACUGAGCCUUUGAGUACGCCAGUAUUCUGGGGGUGUUUGGGUGACGGCGGCCUCCACGUUCCACCGGACAACUCCGAGUCCCCACUGACGGAUUCGACUUCUGGUUUGGCGCCAUCCAAAUCUACACAUGAUCAAAGAUUAGAUUGUAUUCAUUCCCCCUCACUUGGACCGACUACUUGCUCUCUUGCAAAAGAGGAAAGAUCUGGAGCCGUCGAGAUUGCCAAAGGUGGAGAAGGAGCCUCACAAACCAAAGAUGAAAGCUUUUAUUGGACAGCAGAGGUCCCGCCAUCUUGCAAUCAACUCUACUUUUCGAGGUUCGGUCAAGGUGAUGGAUCGGAAACAUCUAUCGAGACUAGCCAGCCCGACAAUGACCAUCCGGCCCGUCAACAAGGGUCCAGUAAACGCAAAAGGGUACAUAAAGGAGAGGAUGAUUCUGGGAAUAGGCGAUCAAAGCGCCUGGCGAACAAUGCAAAAACAUGA